AAAUGGAAAAUGCAAGUGCUUUGAUCUAUUAAUCAAAAUUAAACGAAAAUUAAGUAAAUAACAAAAUUUAGAAAUUUAGUAAAUGCAAGGAAGAUGUGAACAUGAAAACAUACCAAACUAUGGAGUUGCGAAUAAAAAAAUAUUUGUAAUGAGGAAGGCAAACAGUAGUAUUGAAGUUUCGGAAACAAACAAGCCGACACUGAAUCCCACCAGCGAAGAAAAAGAAGUCCGUCAAAGCGAUGCUUCUUUAUUGCAAAAUUCAAAAUCUGAAGAAAAAGUUGUUAGAGAAGAAAUUUAUACUUUACCUGAUUUAACCAAGACCAACAAAAAGAAAAACUCUAUAGAUAACAUUAUUGAAACUGAUGAGGAAUCAGUUUUACUUAAUGAUCAAGGCAGUUUAUCCAAAAGAUUCUCAAAUAAGGAAGCUCAAGUUGAUAUCGAAAAGGUUUCAAAUAACAAAAGUUCAGAAUUAACUGAACAAGACGUAAACAUCUCUAGUGCUUCUGGAAGUUUGUGUCUUAAGACCCGAGUGAGCUCAGAUCCAAUUGAUGAGGAACUUAGCUCUGAUUCCAGUUCAGAGUUUUUAAAUAAUGAGGACAAAAACAUAAACAAGAAGAAGAAGAAAGAAGAUUUAUUAAAAUCCGAGAAUAUUAAAGAUGAUGCAGAAGAAGAUGCAGAGGAAAAGUUUCGGAGGAACUUUCUAAAAACUUUUCAAGAUUUACCAAGGUUAUCACAAAUUUCUUUGGAUGAUGACCCAAAAAACACAAAAAACACAAAAAAUGCGAAACCAGUAAAAAGUGCAUCCACUAGUGAUAUAGAAAUUAUCAGUAUACAAUCUUCCAACGAAACAGUUGUGUCCGUUCAACCAGUAACACCUCUAAUUGAAGAAGUGGAAAAUAACCUUAAAAAUACAGAAAUGGAUAAACUUCCCAGUUCCAAGCAACAUAAAAGCCCACCUGGAAGUCAAGAUGUUCUAAACACAGAUAAAAUCAAUGGAAGCCCUUCUUCUUCUACAAAUAAAGAUAUAUAGAAUUUA